AUGGAUCAAGGAGUGUCAAGACUAGCAGAUUUUCAUACGAAUUGCCAGACAACACCUCACACUCUGACAGGCUGUCCGAAAGAUAAUUACCAGGCCUGUUUGGGCUCCUAUACAGGACUGAUAGGUCUUGAUAUGACUCCGAACUACAUUGAUGAAAGCCACACUAGCAUAACUGUCUCACCCUGGUGCUCAUGUCGAGGAAGUGGUGACACACAGGAAGACUGCGAAAGAUUUCUAAGGGACUUCACAGAAAACACUUGUCUUAAAAAUGCAAUACAAGCAUUUGGCAAUGGCACAGAUGUGAACAUUCUUCCAAAACCUCCAACUGUUCCCAUCACGGUGCAGCCCAAAACAGAAGAGAGUUCCAGCAUUCAGGACAACCAAAGUGACAAUGCAGAAGAGGAUAACACUCUCCUCACAACAUGUUUCAGUAUUCAGGAAGGUGGACCAAAGAUGAACAUAUCCAAAACACAGACUUACUGCCAUCCAAAGCCGCAGAUUCCUCAGCUGGUAACAAGUCCACCUGACAAGGAGAGCUUCAUCGAUCCAUCAGUUUUAAGUUCUUCAAGCCUUCGACUUCAUGCCAAUACAGUGCUCCCAGCCUUUUUGUUUCUUACAGUGAAACUGGCUUCUUAAAAUCGGAUAGCUGAUGGACAUCAUUAAAUUUACUUUGAUUCUGGGUUUGCUUUUGAGAAAGCCGACCUCUUGCUGACCUGCUCCAUGGACUACAGAAGGAGGCUGGGUGAUCAUCCUAGUAAAAGAAACUUUGCUCUGGUGUUUGUAACUUUUUUUAAUUAUUAUUUUUCUAUUUCCAGCAGAGGAAAUAGUCUGCUAAGAACUACUAUUCUGAGCUUGCAGACACACAGAUACACACACACACACACACAUACAUACACACACACACACACACACACACACACACACACACACCAC